AUGAUGAAGAUGAAAACUAGAAGGCAAGUCCGUAUAAAAAAACCAGCCAAAGUUCGAAUCGCUAACGAAGCUGAUAUUAUUAAAAAGCUGGAAAUUUGGUACACGCGAUGGACGAAGAGUAUUGGGCGACCUCUUACUCCCUUAAACUUGAAGAAAAAAACCAUAAUGAUAUUGAAAACGCUCAAAGUUUCUGCAGAUGUCAUAUCUAUAAUCACUCUAGAUUGGAUUAAAAAGUUCAUGAAGAAUCGAGGUAACUUGGAAGGAUACAAUGAUGACGAAACCUAUGCUGGACUAUUAAUUCCUUUUGAUGUCAAUGGUAUUCCUGAUGUUACAUUGGACACCACCGUAAAUCCAGACCGAAAAGUGUGGCUACUAAUGGCCGGCAACAAAAGUGGAAGACACAGGACCAGAGUAUUAGUUAUAGGUAAGAGAUGGAGACCUCCUUGUAUGGAAACUGUGAAUAUGUUGGGGCAACCUGUGGUAUACGCAGGGGGAGGUGAUGGUUUUCCUACACAAGAUUUGUUCAAAUGGUGGUUUGAGACAGAAUUUUGUCCAGCUGCUCUGUCUAUCAAUUCAAAAGCCGUAUUGGUUAUGGAUAAAGCAUCUUUUAUUCCAGAAAAAUGCGAAUAUAACGGAGUUUCUUUACAAAACCAUGACGGAGAUUCAAUUUCUAAAUCUACAUUAUUUAUUGAAUUCAAAGCUACAUACACAGCUCUACUUCUUACUCAGGCGUCUUUAGAUCAACAAUCUGAAAGAUCGAUUCAAAGAUUUUUAGGAAAAUAUACAUUAAAAGACGCGUUCAUUUUAUUACAUAGAGCUUGGUUACAAGUCACCACAGAAUCGUUUUCGACUUGUUGGAAAAAUUGUACAUAUACAUCAGCAAUGAAAGGUAUUAUUUUGGGUGUACAGUGGUUAGCUCAUGAUCUUGGACUGGAAGUAUCAGAUGACGACAUGCUGGUUUGGAUUUUAUCCAAUCCCGUGGAAGUCACUGAGCCGGAAAAUUUAUCUACAGACUCCGAAGACAUUGAAAUUCCACCUUCUGCUACGCAAACCGUGGAUUAUCUAAAAAAGGCGUUAUUGUGGGUCGAGACUCAACCACUUGAACCGUCGUUUGUUAUUGCGAUAAGGGAUUUGAUAACUUAUGCUAAACAGGCAAGCAAGAUUGGUUUAGGACCAGCCCAUCCAUUCUUUUGCCACAACGGCGAGCAGCUGGGUACCCAACCACCACCCGCCCAUAUGGGCAUACCUCCUUACCAACUUGACAAAGCACCCGGACUCCCGAGGCCUUCAAUGUACCCAUUUCCCACAGGCCAGUACCCUUAUCCGUUAUUAAGUCCGGACAUGUCACAAGUUGCAGCCUCAUGGCACACACCGGCCAGUAUGUACCAUCAGAUCUCAUCGGCUGGAACUGGUUUCAGAGGAUCCUACCCACCUUCAUUAGGCACAAGCCUAACUAGUGAGCUGUAUAGGUUUUCACCGACGGGACUGAUGGGUGGUCCAUCACCUCAUCACCAUUUAUCCCACCAUACCCAUCAUUCUCAUCCUGCGAUUGUAACUCCAGGAGUGAGACAAGACCUGCAUACGGAUUCUAAUCACAGGUAUUUUUCAGAAUUUUAUGUUGAUUAA